AUGAGGAACACAGAGGAGGCGGAAGGCUUGGACGGCGAGGCCUCCAACACCUCCAUGAUCUCCGGGGCCAGCAGCCCCUAUCAGCCCACCACUGAGCCAGUCCACUCGAGGGGUGUUUUGGGAGGCAUUCGAUGCGAUGUGGAGUAUCUCAAGUCUUACUUUGGUGUUUUAAAGGCAGUUGAAGUGGUCCUGUCACUUCUUGGGUUCAUCUGCAUAGAAACCAUCAUGAUGUGUUCCCCAUGCAGUGGCGUCUACUUCUUUGAGUUUGUCAGCUGCACUGCCUUUGUGGUCACAGGCACACUCUUGGUGAUUUUCUCUCUCAAUCUUCACACCAAGGUGCCCCACAUCAACUGGAACCUCACGGAUUUGGGCAACACGGCAGCCAGCACCUUACUUUUCUUCUUGUCUUCUCUCGUGCUUGCUUGCAUAAACCACAACACUGGAGCUGAAAUCUCCGCAGUGACCUUUGGCUUCCUGGCCACAGGUGUGUAUGUUCUGAACACCUUCCUGGCUGUACGGCGGUGGCGCCGUGGCAACGGGACUCAGAGAGCAGCCCAGAACAGUGAGUACAUGCGGGCGCGCACAGCCUCUCGUGGAGAAAUGGAGGCACGGCCCGAACUUGCGUGA